CAUUCGCCAUGUUGUGGAUCGAUAUGUUCGGAGGGCUGGGCAUAAAGAGGAUAGGAUAUUAUAGCAAACAGAUUCUAAAGUUUUUGUGCUAAAUUGGAUACAUUAGAAUGUAGUGAUGCCCAAAAAAAGUACGAGAAACAACAAAGUUAUACGAAGAACAAGCUGGAAGCAAAAUUCAAUCAAACGUAAAUCGGAUGAUAAAAGAAUAGUGAAUAAUAUCUAUAUUGGUGCAGGGAACGCUCGGAGAUGGAUUAUUUUGAAGAAGAAAUUGGACUACCAGAGUGAUAUAGACUUUGUGGCAUAUUUAUUGGACCUUGCGGAGCCGCUCUCAGGGAAAGACAAGUCUUCAGGAAAUGUUAAUGACUCAGAGGCAAGAGAUGAAGAUUUGCCAUCAGGUGAUUUUGAAGAGGAAACUAAUGACAGUACAAGCUCAGUGCAGCAGGAAAUUAGUGAUGAUGGUGAGUGGCGUCCAGCGGGAACCCACUCUGAAGGACCGUUGCGUAGAAGCCCAAGAAAGCAGACCCUCCCUCUCAAAAUUCAUGUGCGUCGUAGUGCAAGGAAUGUUCUUCCAGAUGCCAAUUUCAAACAUGACAAGGACAAAGUGCAUCAAAAAGACAAGAAGAAAAAAGAGAAGAGAGAAGAUUCUGAAAGUGUACUGUCAGAAACUAGUUUAAUUGAUGAAAAACAAGAAACAUUAGAAACUGAAGAUCUUCCAAGAGCUGUUACACCAGUCCCACAAGAGGAUGUUCUUAAUGUUAAAGAGGAAAAUGAAAUUAUUCCUCCUAUUGUACAGUCAGAAAAUGAUAAGCCUAUUUUGGUAGAAAAUGAAUUGCCUAAAGAUGCAGUUGAGGAGGUUGAGAACACACAGACAGAAAGUACUGUUUUGGAAUCUUGUCCUGAAAGCAAACCCACAUGGCCAGAAGAGGAAGAAGUACCUGUAGAAGAAAAUGCAUCACUUGAUUUAACAGAAGAGAAGUCUUCCGUAACAGUUGGGUCUCCAGUAGAGGUUCAAGAAUCGAAUGUAAAUCCCAUUAAUAGUAACAGCUCAGGUGAACAGGAAGGUGAAACAGUGCACAUUGAAGUAGGGGAACGUGUUAAGUUGAAACGAAGAAAGAAACGACGAAGUCAUGAAGAAUAUGAUCCUGAAUUGCCAUCAGAAUCGGGGAAUAAAAGUAAGGGGGAGCAUUCGCACAGUAGUAAACAUAAACGAAAGAAGCACCGACAUGGAGAGCACAGUACAAAAAAGAGGUAUCAUGAUAUCCGAAAAGCUCCUCAGGAUGGGAUACCACAGGAAUCUCCAACAGAGGAACCUCCAGAUGUCAGUAGUCGUCUUUGCAAGCAAGAGGAAGUGGAACAGUGGGGAAUUGUGGAUGAGGGACCAAGGUGCAUGGACACAAACCAGCCACAAUACCAUGAACUGGCCCAGCAGCCUCUUCAGCGAGUAGCCAUCAAAAUCAAGCUCUGCUGUGAUUGCAAUUCUAGGCAUAUCCAAGAUGCAUGCCCCCUGCAUAGUCCUGUGGCUGUGGUUUGUGACUCUGUGAUAUUUAAACAAUGGAAUGACAAGUUAAGAAACGUGAAAGAAGAUAAUAAAAGUGAACGGACUACAGUGGUUGUGACUAAUGUUGAGUGCAAAGGGGAGAGACUUGUGGAGGAUUGUGUGAAUGGUGGUUAUGAUGCCAAUGUCAACUCUGAGACAGUGCUACGAUGUACUGGUGAUGUCUCGAAUUUUGAUGGAAGUCAUAAUGGUUUCGAUAACAACAGAUCUCAAACGUCAGAAAAUCUUGCAGAAGAAGUAAGAGAACCUUGUGGAAGGAUAAGUUUAGAAAGUGACCAAAAAAUUCCGGUACAGGUGAAUUAUCAAAAUUCUUCUAAUUCACAUAGCAAUGAAAGAAAUAACAUUGGUUCUGUGACUGUUAUUCAAGAGCUUGAUGAUAAACAAAUGUCACCUAUCAACAAUACAACAUUCGCAGAGGCAUCCUUGCCAAGUGGAUUGGAAUUAAGAGUUUGUGAAGCAGAACACGGUCCAAGUGUGGUCACAUUGUUUAGAAUAAAGCAAUACACUCAGUUUGGUCCUCUUAUUGGGCAACCAAUUAAAGAAAUGGAUAUUCCUGAUGAUUUCAACAUGAAGGAUAUAUGGGAGGUUUUUUCUGAUAAAGAUAGGCGCUACAUCAGCACUAUGGAUCCAAAUACCUCAAACUGGUUGCGCUAUGUUCGCCCAGCACCUGCUCGAGAACGCCGUAACAUGGUUCCAAUAGCUCGCAAUGGUGAACUUUAUUUUAUUACAAUGUUGGAUGUAGCUGAAGGCGAGGAACUUUUAUAUUGGGCUGAUGAUACUACUACUGCCUGGUCCAAGAAGAAGAUGGAAAAAACAAAUUGUGGUGGCUGUAACCUACGAUUUGCUCAUCCUUUAUAUUACCGCAUGCACUGUACACUCUUUCAUGAUCCUAACUUCAGUCUUACAAUCCGCAAAUACCAUUGUAAGGUGUGUGGGACUGCUGUUUUGGGGAAGGAAAACAUCAUGAAGCAUGCAGCGGAGAUGCAUGAUGGCAAAGGAGCUUACCAGUGUCAGUACUGCAAAAAGUUUUUUCUGCGCCUUAAUUACCUGGAAAUGCACAGAACCUAUGGCUGUGCUGCUAAUCCACAGCGCGCAAGACCUCUUUGCGACUUCUGUGGAAGGAAGUUCUGUCAGCCACAAAAAUUGAAGGUGCACAUAAAGCGAAUGCACAGUGAUAUGGCAGAAGUACUACGUGAAUUUCAAUGCAAGAUAUGCUUGAAGCUCUUAGGUUCUCGAGCUGCUUUACAGAGACAUAUGAAAGAGGUACAUCAUAAAGAUAUAGUGGGAGCAUGUACUUGUGAUCGAUGUGGCAAAAUGUUCCAAAACAAAUCAAACCUUAAAAUACAUAUGCUAACUCAUUCAGGAGUGAAACCAUUUAGGUGUAGAGAAAAUGGAUGCACAGCAGCAUUUACUACGAAACAGUGUCUUCAGUUUCAUUACAAAAAAGUUCACAAUUUUAAUGAGACCAACAUGCCAAAAAUAGAGCGUUCUGUUGCUUAUACAUUUGAUGCUUAUUCUGGUGGAAUUGUUAAUGAUCCUGGCCGUGGUAAAACUCCACGAUUUGAUAAGGCACGACGCAAUUCCGGGGAUAAUAACAGUAGCAGCCAAAUAUCACAGGAUGACAGCAGUUCUGCUUCAAGUCUAAAAGCUGAUGUGUCAGGAACCAGUUCUACCACAGAUGGCAACAAUGGCCUAGAAGACAAAGGUCCAUUUGAUGGUCUUCCUCCUUUGACUCCACCACCUCCACCUGUGCCUGUCGAGUCACAAGUUCAACACCCACCAACUUUGGAAGCCUACAUUUCUCCUCACGCUUUCAGUGGCAGUCCUAGCAAGGUAGUGGUAAGCAAAGGCAGCAAAAAAUGGAUGGGUGAUGCCUUGACACCUUUAGAUACUUCACGUGUACCACCAAAAGAAUCCGAGAAAGAUAUAUAUGAAUUUGAAGAUGAUAAAGGUAGUGGUGUAGCAGAUGUUUGUGAUGAUGAUGUGAGUAUAAUUGAAGCAAGUAACCACAAAGUGGCAGUUUCUGUGUAUCCUCGACCAGAAUCCUCUAAUGCCAGCCUUUUAGUUGAAGCUGCUCUUGAUGCUGCUGAAAGGGACAUAGAUAUGUCUGGAAGCUGUGUUGUUACCACAUCUGUUCAGUCACCUAGUGUUAUUACAGCUAGUGAUAUAGGAUCAGGAAAGUCAAAUGAGGUUCUGUAUGCUAUGACUUCUGCCCCUGGUCAUCAUUUAGUGAAUGGUCAUCAUGCAUCUCUUAGUGUAUCCUCUCCAGUUCAGCACUCCAGAACUCCUCCUGAAGGACAUGAACAAAUGGACAACUAUACAUUGCACCCUUCAGAAGACCUUGUAUCUCCAGCAACAACUCCUGAUCCAAAUAUGCAUCGUCAGCAGCAUUUGAGUCCCGAGACACCUCCAUCCAAUAAUUUGCAGCAUAUGGACAAUUACACUCUACAGCGAAAUGAAAUAGCAUCCCCUCAUCAGUCAGGAGAUUUGAACUCUUCAGGUCACCAUUUGCAUCGACCACAAGUUGAUCCUUAUACUAUGCAUCACCAGGAGGAUUUAGUGUCUCCUUCUGAAACACCAAAUCCUCCUCCUCCACGGCCACAUUUAGUGGAUGGGUAUGGCCUGCAUCAUCAGGAAGAGAUGAUGUCUCCUGCUGGAACCCCUGAUGAUCAUAGAAACCAUGUUGAUAAUUACAAUAUGCAUCAUCAAGAAGAACUUGUGUCGCCAGCUGCAACACCUAAUCCUCGUUAUGACUUGCAUCAUCAUCAGGUGCCUACAGACAACCUUUCCAGUGAUGAAGGAGAAGGAGUGGUAGUGGCUCAGAAUCUGAGUAUGGGUCUAAAGGAGAAAGCUUUGCAACUUGAUAUUGCUGCUACUGCUGCUGCAUACAAACAAUAUGAGGCUUUAGAAGUAGUUCAGGAAUUUGGACGUUCGGCUGGUGGAGAACGGUCAGGGUUUGAGCCCCUGCUUGUAGGCUCUACAACAGAACUUCAAGGACUAGAUAUGUCAGCUAGAUCUGGUGGCUAUCAUCAUAGCUUUGUGUCAUCAUCAUCGCAACCAAUGACACGAUACCACCAUACGAGUGUUUUAUACGACAUGGCAACAGAGCGUCAGAGUGUAGACUUAAGCAUGUCAGGACGUGGAGGUACAUAUUCUACAUCACCUCCUCCACCAUACACUCAUUCAGAUGUGCUUAGAGUUGUAAGCCUGGAUUUGACACCAGGAGGACGUCACAGUGUGGAUCUCUCUCUUCCUCGAUCAUCUUCAGCAUCUAUGCCACAUCACCACCAUCCUCAUCCACAUCAUCAUCAUCAGAUUGCUUCAUCAGGACGAGUCAUGGCCCCUGCAUCCUCGCCUACCGACCCUCGUAUUGUUGCUCCACCAGCUCCUCCAAGUACACCAAAUCAUGUUGUUCCAGAACUUAGUAGAGCUUCUAAUCUAAUGUCGCCUCUUCCAACCGUCAACAACCAGGGUCUUGUUGACCCUGCACGAAUGAUGUCUCCUCCUCCACAUCCUGGAUAUCAAAACUAUCCCCUUUCUCCUUCCCCCUAUCAUCCACCAUCUCGAACCCCACACAUCACCUCUACCUCUCCUUCAACGUAUCAUCAUUACUCAGGAUACUACUAAUUGAAUAUAAAAUUAUAUUUUUAAAAAUAUAAAAGAGUAAAAUCUCUUGAAAAGUCUCAAAGAUAUGGCAGUAUUUCAAAUGAAAUUCUCAGCGAUGUAGCCAUAGAACUUUGUAGUAGACUGAAUAACUUAAAAUUCAGUUUUGUAUUAUGUUUUAUUGUACUCACCGUUUGUUUUUCUGAAUCAGAUGCUGUAUAUGGAAUUCUGAUGUUACCAUCUUAAUGUUUAUGAUAUUUUAUUAUUAAAUUAGCAUUGCCAUUUUGAAGGGGGCAAUGUAGUGACACUCUCAUUUUGAAAUCCAUUUAUUAAUGUACAUUAUUGCAGUGCAUUUAGAUAAACAAUACUCUAUUGCUUAAAUCAAAAGUUUUUAUAUCUUUCGUAGUGUAAUUUUAUGAAAAUGAAUGUACAGGUAUAUGGGACACACAAUAAUUGUGUUCUGCAUCAAUCCAACCUCAUGCCAAAUUGCUCCACAAGGGAGAAUGUUUUUAUAAUUUGUUGCCACUUAAAUAUAUAAGAAUGUUUAUUGCAACUUGUUUGAUAUUAUGGUAUUUGUGCUUCCGUACUCCUGCUUGUUUCCAUAUUGCGUUUUCUAUUUUUGUGAAUGUUAUUUCAACAUUAUUUUGCUGAUUUCAUGGAAAUGCAGGUAGCAAAACAGACGCAGGGCCAAAGGUGAAGCACAAAUAAUGUCAUUUAUCUUAUUAAAAUCAUUAUAUUCACAAACCUUAAUAAUUCAUUGUUCAUUUAGUCCUGCAAGUCAUAUAUAAAAUUAACAUAAAUUUAAGUCAAAUAUUUAAUUCAUCAUGGUCCUAUUUUAUGUGCAAGAAUUAAAAAUAAGCUUCAGUUUGCACACUUAUUGAAUCUUUACAGCUCAGGUGAAUUAGCCAAAGUAAUGCUUCACACCAAUUAUUUGCAGCUUCAGUACUAGUCACCUGCAAAAGCAUAGUAUUUUGUUAUAUUUUUAUUACGAUAAUUGUUAUUAUGUAAUCUACAGUAUUACUUAUUUUAAUAGCAGCAUUUCUGUUGUAAGGAGUUUAGUCAUUGAUUCUAUAUUUCGUACCUGAACAGUUCAGGUAAACUAGAGUAAUGGACUUAACGAACACAGACUAUCAGCUUUCUUGUUAUUGUGGAAUGAUACCAAAUGCGUACUGUAAAGACAAAUCAUUUAAAGAUUAGAUUUAGGAGAAUGUGUUAGUGUAGUUGAGUAGGUAAACUGUAUUACUAUAGAUCCUCAUGUGAUGCUAUAGGCUUUCAUUUUUAAAACCCAUUUAUGAAAGUCUGAAAUGUUGAUGCAUUUUUUAAAAAAUGUUUUGAUCAAAUUAAAUUAGAUGAGUGUUUGAUCUAUCAUAUAUAUAUAUACCAAUGUUGUUGUAGCAUUUUACAUACAUUUUAAUCACAAUUUAAUAAAUUGCUGGUAUCAAUGUUACCAAAGUGCAAAAUAACUGAAUGAAUCUAUUAUUCUUUAUUAAAUUACUAUGUAGUUUGUUUGUUUUUUUUUGUGAAUUUCUUGAUAUUAUUAAUUAAAUACUGCAAAAAAAGCAUUAUCCAUGAAUAAUGGAAAAAGAUGAAAAGUGUAUGCUUCCAGACUUAUAUGUGUUCAUAUACAAUUCAGGAGACAUAAAAAUCUUUGUAACAAUGAAAUUGCAUGUUCAUGUUAUUGUAGAUACAACUGUGCUUAAUGCCAAAGAUUUUUAGAAUGCCAUGCUGCUGUUAAUACUAUCAAACUCGAAACAAUGAAUUGUGAGGCAGCAGUAGUAAAAAGAAUAGAUCUUAUUUUUGCAAACAACUCUUUUUUUAUACAUGAGAAUUUUUGUUUAUACUUGUGUUUUACCAUGCUAUUAAUGUCUGAUAAAACUGCUAAAAUAAUCAUUGCUACCUUUGGCAGUUUGUCCUGAUAUUUGUUAUCUGCUUUGUAAGCUACUUUUAUAAUACCAUGUGUUAAAAAAUGUGUUUCAUGCUAUGAGCUGGUAAUUAGAGAUCAACUUCAAUUUUUUUAAAUUGAUUUGACAUUACUACUUCAGGGUUAAAAGUAUUUUCAUCUUCAUUGACCUUGUGUUCUUUCCUUUGUGAAAAAAAAGCCUUUACUGUCUAAACUAUCGGAAAAGUAUGUUCUUUUAAUAAAUUGUUGUUUUUUUAAAUUUAUUAAUUUUCUUUUGCAUUUAUGUUUAAAAGUUCAAGAACAACAGUUUUUAAUAUUUAAGUUUUUCAUAAAUAAUAUCAUUAAUAAAAGUCUGAAAAGCACUUUUUAAAAAACAAUUCUUUCUUUUAUAAAGUACAUAAUCAGCAUUAUUUUUUUAAUAUAAACAGCAUUAAAUAUAAAAUGCUGUUUAUAUUAAAAUUUCCUAGUCACUUAAAGUAUUCUUGUAGCUGUGAUUAGUUGUAUAGAACAAUAUUAAAAUGUUUCAUGCCUUCCCAAUUAAUGAAGACAAUUUCAUUUGCCAAAUAAUUUGUGUUGUUAUACUUAUAUUGUUGAAAGUGGUCAUACGUUAAUUUUAUUUUUGUGUUGUCAAAUUUUUAAUUUUUAAAGAUGUUCUCAAAUUUUUAAUUUCUGAGCUCUAAUUCUUUUAACUUGGAUUUGCUUUCUUUUCUAAGAUUGGUGCUCUCUGCCCAACCAUGUAAAAGUUACAAAAUAGGAAACAGAUCAAGUAUCAGAACUUGCAGACCAUGUUUUUCAUAGUGAAUAUGAGUGAAUGUAAAGAUUUCAAUGUGUUAAAUAUAGCAUUUAAAAAUUAUAUUUACUAUCAAGCAAACUUUCAUGUCUUCUUAUAUUGAAAUGUGAAGUAUAUGCUUUUGUGCCAAACAUUUAUUGCUUAGAUUUAUGCUAAUUGGUUUUUAAAUUGUGAUGUAAACCAGUUCAUCCUGUUAGUGCGAGUAUAUGUAGAGUAUGGUCUAUACAUUUAUUAAAUCUCCUGUUCAUAGAUUAUAUAUGAUAUACAUAGCAUCAAAUGUAUUGUUCGUUUAAUUUUUAGUUGUUGUUUAUACUAAUUCAGUUUAAGCAUCUUGUUAUUAUUUAUUUUUAAAUACUCUAUGUCAUGAGUAAUGUAUGCAGCAUGUUUACUUCUUAUAAUCAUCUUCCAAAAUUAAUCAUGUUACAAGUAAAUUUGUAUGAGUCAUAUUCAGAGAAUAAAAUAAAUGAAAUUGUAAGUAUGUAAUUAUUAAAGCAAUGAAAUAAG